CUAGAGUACAUCUUAGAUAGAUAUCUGUAUUGUGUGUAAAUAAUGUAGUAGGUAAAUAAUAACAAAUACAAUUUUUAAUAAAGCAAUAAAAUGUUUCAUAGCUGUUAUUUUAUAAAUGAGAAGUGAGGAUCGGGUAUAAUAUUUGGAAGAUUGGAUCAUAAUUAUUGUUAAAAUAAUAAGAAAUAACCCAAGUUGUCUAUUUCUGCUACUAUGUACUUUUACUCGCAAUGUUCAACAUAUCUUUGAAAACGUAACGAUACUUAUUCAUCUACAUAAAACGAAAAAAUGGCCUCGGUUGAAAAGGAAACUACAGAUAUUAAUAAUUACCAUGCAAUAUUUACAAAAUUGAAAAAGCUACAUGACAUAUCUAAGACCACCAACAAACCGGAGUUAUGUGAAGAAUCCCUUGGUGAUGACUAUAAACUUGCAUCAAAACGUAAAACAGAACUUGAUUUUGAUGGUCUAAGCGAUGAUAGUACAUUAAACUCAUCAAUAAAUAAAACUAAACGACGGAGGUUCUCUGACAGUCAGGAUUUCAGCUCAAAUGAUUUUUUUCUUGAUGAUUAUCGAAAUAUAGGGAAAAGUAAAAGUAAAUUUGCUGUGACAGUCUCAAAUUUACCUGGAGAGUGGACAUACAAUGAAAUUAAACAAUAUGUUACUGAUGAGUGUGGUGUCAAUGUUAUGGGCAUGAUAGAUUCACGAUGUCAAAAGUCUGAUUACCAACUGCGGCUUAGGUUUAAUAAUAGAGAUCAGUAUAAAUUUAUUCUUAGUAAACUCAAAAGUAAAGGUGAAGGAAACCUUAAAAUUCAAGUUGAAGGCGAAACUGAUUCAGAAAGUGAAAUCUCUGAUGAAACAGUAUUAAUUGAAAAAAGUGAACCACCAUCAUGCAAAUCCCAGCUUAGUGAAGCUGGUCUAGAGAAUUAUCUUUAUGGUUUGAAUCCAGAGUUUCUAAAAAGUUUUAAUAUUGAACCACCAUUAGUGAAAUGGAUUAGUGUUUCAAAUUUUCGGUGUGAUAAGUCAGAACUACGCGAUCUCUUCGAAAUGGCAGGACGCGUGGUUAUUUGUGUGAUAAUACAUUCAAUUAAUAAAUGUGCGAAAAUUAUGUACAGCCAUCCGCUUGAAGCCGUUCAGGCAAUAUCUUUAUUGAAUGGUCAAAUAUUUUAUGGGCAAUCCCUUAAUGUUUCCUUAGAUCCUAUGGCAGAUUCGGCAAUACCCUUACCAAAAGGUCUCCAAAAAUUUGGCACAGGUCUUGGGCAGACCGGAAAACCCCUACACGAUGUUGUAGCAGAAUACGAACGUUUUGUAAACGGUGCUCCUUCGUUUAUUAACGCAUCCUUGUUCGGUAAAUCAGGUGAAAUACCCGAUGAUUUUGAUCGAUACUCACCUUCUAAACCUAGCGGAUCGUCGGGCCAGUUUGGUGCAAUUGGUCAAAAGAAAUUACCAGCUUUUCAGCCUACUAAUUCCAGUAACCCACUUUUUAGCCCCCCACAAUCGCAAUAUGUACCGACCCAACCUUCUAGUUUAUUAAUGGGAAUUCGCCAUGAAAAGUCUUCAGGUAUGCUUGUCAAUACUUUAGCGUCAGGGUCUUUUGGUGGUAUGCAAUCGCCUUCAGUUGGUCAAAAAUUGACAAUUCAAAGUGGUCCACCUCUAAAUUGUCCACCAAUCGUUCAGUCUAGGUGCUUAAAUACUAACAUGCAAAACUUUCCUAGGCCUAAUUACAACCAAGUUACAAGUGUUCCGGGUCAAUAUCCACCCGGUCCUAAUUACCCUGGAUGUAAUUUUCAAGGUCAGCCGGGACCUAGUGUUCAACCUGUGACUAAUUUCCAAGUUUCGCCAAAUGGAGCCAAAAUUGGACAGGAAAGUCCAGGACAUUUCGAUUUGCGAAAUCCUCAAAUUCCUCCGAGUUUUAGGCCUCAAGGUCCAUUUAUGCAACAUGGGCCAAUUGGACCUGUGCCAAGAAUGUUCCCACCUGUUCAAAACUCAGGACCUAAGCCUAACCCUAUACCCGUGCCCCCACCUGAUAAGCCCAUGGCGGCAUCACCAUCUAGACUUGCGAGUGGGCCAGGGUUAUCUAGUGGUCAUAGAAGCUCACAACCUGUUAUGGUACUGAAGGCAAAAGAUCCUUUUACUCUUCAUAUUACAAAUUUGCCAUCGCAAGUAGGAUUUGCAAAUCUUUGUUGUAAAUUGUCAAAGGUUGCUCAAGUAGUAUCAUUAGAAUUUACUACGCCUGGUUCCGCGUUGGUAAAAUUUAGCAACAGCAUUGAGGCGGAGAGGUGUUUUCAAUAUUUCAGUCCAUCGCGCUUCGGCCACGAACUUGGAAUGGUCUGAAUAGACCAUUUUUAAUAUGGUAAUGUUUUUACGUAUAUAUAAGACUGUAUUUAUAAUGUGAUCUCGUUCUCCAAAUGAAUAGUAGUAUUCGAUUCAUAAGAAAAAAUACGGCGUCAGGUGAUAUAUUAUCUCAAUACUUACUCCACUUCCACGGUAAAUGGAACACCUUGAGCACUUAAGAAAUAGUCCAAUAAUGAGAUACGGGUCCAAAGUCCUCAAUUGGCCCCGAAGGAAACAUAAAGCUCGCGAAACGAAUAUUUUACUUUCAAAUGAGUCUUAAAUUUGUUUAUAGCGAUAAAAAUUACGCGCCUACUUUGUCGUUUACAUUCUAUGUUUUGGUGGAAGACGUUUUAAUGUUUCUUCGCUUUACAAAAUUGCUAAAAUACAUACUUCUGCGAAAGUUGUAAGAGUAUGCAGAAUAAAACAAUAUGAAAAUUCAUUCUGAAUUUUAAGUGGUUUGAGUGGGAGGUAUUAGAUUCAAUCACUAGCGAAACAGUAAUCGAUUCUCAUGUUAAUAGGCAAGCCAUUUUUCAGUAAAGGCCCCAGUUACGCGUUAGGCGGCUAUAACGCGAAAUAAGUUUGGCCAUCUUUUGAUUUCUAAAUCACAAUAUAAUAAACAAAAAUUGGUUUGGGAAAUGAGCUCUCCGACACUUGACACAAUGCAUGUUUUCGUUUCACCAAUCACAAUCUGAACGCACUAUUGUUUCAGCUUUCGUUUCGCAGUCGAGAUUUGAGUUUAAUUAGAAUUACGAAUAUUUUAAGAUUUACAUUUGAUAAGCUAAUUUUUUAAUGAAUUAUUUAUCUUAAUAUAAUUUAUGUAAGCCGUGUAAAUAACUUAAGUGUUUAAUUAGUGAAAUACGAACUUGAACAAUAAUAAUUAGUUAUAAUAAUUUAAUGAAACAUUAUUGCUAGUAUAAUGUUACCAUGUUAUUUAGUGAUGUUUGGUAUUAGAUGAAUAAUCGUUGUUUCGACUAAUGUGUGACCCUCUUAUGUCACGUGACUGCUGUAUAAAUAUUUUUAAUUACGGAUUUUUUGAUAAAUUAAUAAAGUAUUUACUCCAUAAGGAUUUCUAAUGCCAAGUUUUUGCCAGAUUACUCAUAACACUUUAUUUUACGCACUGUCAAAUAGCCAAUUGUGGAACACUUGUAGACUUUAAGCAGUCAUCGUUUUCUUUAGUCACAGUUUUAUAUACAAACAUAUCACAUUACAUUCGUCUAUGGCAACAGCAGCAGCACAGAUUAUGUUAUGUAAUUAAAUUUUGAAUAAUGCAUGCUUAUAUUUUUUUUUGUAUACUAUAACAUUUGUCUAAAGGCUUUAUCCAAUAUAAUAUCUUAUUACUCAUAUCGAAUUUAUAGGCGCCAAUUUCUUAUAAUUAAAAAAUCUUUAAUGUAAUGGUUUUAUUGAUUAUUUUGCUCCCACGCACUUAUUAAUAGGAUUUAAUAGUAAUUAUUUAGAAUAAAUACUUAUAAAAGCAUAAACAAUAAUUUAUCCAGGCAAUACUUUAUCAAUAGUUAAUUAGAUUUUAUUAGUUAUUAUUAAUAGACAUAGGAAAUGUAUUUAAAUUAAAUUGAUUAAGAUUAAAUUAAGAUUUUAAUAAGAAUUAAUGUAUUUAGUGUAUCUCGUACUAACGCCUAAUCAGUUUAUGUCGGAAGCAGUAAAAGAAAACGGUAUGCAUAAUUUUAGGUUUAAUUUAAAUGUAUUAAUAUAUACUUUAUGUAUAAUAAUGAAUACUUUAAGUAAUGGAGCAACUUGUAUUACUAGGUCGAUAUAUAUUUAAUACAACUAGAAUGCUAUUUAGUGGAAUAUUACAUUAUUACAACGCACGCGAGUGAAUCGGAUCCUAGGUGGACACUACGUACUAUAAAUAUACUACUUUAGUAUCUUUAUCUAUUUGUUUUUCUAGAGUAGUAUUCUAAUAAAGU